UGUGACAGGUUUUCUGUAUACAGUGACAGACCAGCAGAUAUACAGAGGUCUCCCCGCAGCAGAAACUGGCAGCUUUAACAUAAGUCAAAAAUAUAAAAAUAUAAACGUAAAACAAAUAUAACAAUGGUCCUUUCUUGUUAUUUUGCUAUAUUUAUUGUUCUGUAGAAGAAACAGCGCAGGACAGAUAAGGAUCUAUGUAAAGCCCACCCCCAAAAACAAAUGAGCAGCCAAUCAGGCCCCUCGUCUGAACUAUUUGCCUUUAAUAAUUAAAGCAACAAUCUCACCUUAAAGAGGGGGAAUAUAACCAACAAUAAUCAAAAUGUUCUUAAAGAAAAUUCAAGAGCUUUGCUUUUGUAUUGGUGGAUCGGGAUGGCUGGAGGAGGACUCUGGGUCAGAUCUUUUGCAAGAAAAAAGAAUACAGGAGAUGCCGCUAUUUCUUGCUGCUAAAGAAAACAAUGUGCAGUAUCUGAAAGAGCUCCUGGAAUCAGACGUCUGUGACCCACUUCAGAGAGGAGUUUUGGGCGAGACUGCUCUACAUGUGGCUGUUUUGUACGAUAACGUGAAAGCUGUCGAGACUCUGCUAAUGGAAGUUCCUUACCUGGUUAAUCUAGAGAUGACCUCUCCGCUCUUUCAAGGACAGACCGCCCUGCAUAUUGCUGUUGUAAAUCAAAACAUGAAUAUGGUUCAGCUUCUCAUUGACAGUGGAGCUGAUGUUUCCACCCCAAGAGCUACAGGGAGCUUUUUUAACCUCAAACAAGAACAUCUCUUCUACUUUGGGGAGCACAUUUUGACAUUUGCGGCUUGUGUGGGGAAUAUUGACAUUGUGAAAUUACUUAUUACACAUGGAGCAGAUCUGCGUACCCAAGACUGUUUUGGCAACACUAUUCUCCAUAUUCUGGUUCUUCAGCCCAACAAGAAUAUCUCCUGUCAGGUGUAUGACUUUCUCUUGUCUCUUGACUGUGAAAACAAAUGUCUACGUCUUGAUCAAAUUAAGAAUAACCAAGGACUCACUCCAUUAAAAAUGUCUGCAGCAGAAGGCAAUGCUAUUAUGUUCCAGCAUCUUCUGCAGAAAGGCGUUAAAACAGUGUGUUCCAUGGGCCCCAUAUCAUACACCCUCUAUGAUCUGACAGAGAUCGAUUCCUGGGGUUCUUCUUGUUCCGUGCUUCAUCUUCUUGUUUCUUCAAGGAAACCUGAGGCCCGUCGGAUACUGGACAUCUCUCCAGUGAAAGAGCUGAUCAAUGAGAAAUGGCAGAGCUUUGGUCGUCCUUAUUUCUGUGGUCUUGCAGCCCUCUAUGUGCUGUAUAUGAUCUGUGUCUCUCUAUGCUGUGCCAAUAGACCUCUUCAACCCCUAUUUAAAAACUCCACAAACCCAAGGGACAUUACAUUACUUACACAAAAACACCUUCAGGAGUCAUACAACACACCGAUGGAUGAGCUACGUCUUGUGGGGGAGUUGAUCGCUGUUAUUGGCGCUUUGGCUAUGUUACUUCUCGAGAUCCCCGUAUUAAUGAGCAUCCAUAGUGUUAGCUUUUUUAAAGACACAGUAUCAGGAGGACUUUAUCAUCUAAUCAUAGUCUUUUUUUCGUCCCUUGUCCUGCUUACCCUGGCUCUGAGACUUACAAACACUAAUGGUGAGGCGAUACCUAUGUCAAUGGCUUUGGUACUCGGCUGGUGCUAUGUCAUGUAUUUUGCUAGAGGAUUUGAGUUGUUUGGACCCUUCUCUGUGAUGAUACAUAAGAUAAUGUUUGGAGAUCUCUUGAGAUUCUUCUGGCUUAUGAUGGUUGUUAUAAUUGGGUUUGGAACAGCUUUCUUUGUCAUAUUUCAAACAGAAAACCCCAAACAUAUGGGGAUAUUUUAUAGCUACCCCAUGUCUCUCUACAGCACAUAUCAACUAUUUAUCAAUGUCAUCAACUCUCCAGCAAACUAUGAUGUGGACCUUCCUUAUAUGUUUGGAGUAAUUUAUUUUCCCUUCACUCUGAUCUCAAACCUUUUGAUGCUGAACCUGUUCAUUGCCAUGAUGGGCGACACCCACUGGCGGGUGGCACAGGAGAGGGAUGACAUAUGGAGGGCUCAGCUGGCAGCAAUUACAGUUAUGUUGGAAAGCAAACUGCCACGAUGGUUCUGGCACCGUCAAGGAAUAUGUGGGUCAAAAUAUGGUCUAGGAAACCAAUGGUAUUUAUGUGUGGAGGAGACCCAAGAUACCCAGAAGAUGACACCAACAUUCCAUCAAAAGAAGAUAUGUCAGGAUCAACAGAAAAUAUCCAAAAAUAUAAACACAACAGUAAAGGAAUCCAUAUUAGACAGAACUGAACCCAAGGUUGGGCCUGACUCACCGGCAAAGAGGAGAUCAAGUAGAGCCUGGCAGAUCCUCCGAAAGGCAACCAUAGACCAAUUACAGGGAACAACCAUGUUACCUAGAGAAACUGAGCAGGAAGUCUAUUAUAUCUAAUAAGAGGUUUUUUUUUUUGGGGGGGGGGUUAAUGACAUAAAUGAGACGGGGCAAUUAAACGUCUAAAGGUCCGAUAUGGCCCUAAAUAUUUUAAGUUUAUGCAAUUGCUGCCAUAUUCAGGAAAAAUUUCAUCCAAACAUGAUAUAAUAUCCAGCAUUAUUCUCUAAACCACCAUAAAUAUAUUUAUUUUAUAUUUUUUUUAAUAAACAAGCAAAAUACAUUUAUUUGUUUAUGAGGCUAAAAUCAGGUCUCUUUUGCUUUUCAAUAAGAAAAAAAGUUAUCUUUUCUCUAGACCAGUGAUGGCAAACCUUUUCACUCCAGUUGUUUCAGAACUACAUUUCCCAUCAUGCUCUACUGCACUUCAGAGUUCACAAGCAUCAUGGAAAAUGUAGUUCUGAAUCAUCUGGAGUUAGACAAUUGUUUCUGUCAGACUAGAGAUGAUGGUUUUAAAAUGUUCCUUAAAAUAUGAAAAGUACUGUUUUUGUAGUUUGUUUAAUUAUGUUCACAUUAUAUACUAUUACAAUUUACAUGAACAUGAAUUCAUAUUUUAGGAAAAACUGUAAAAUUAUAAAUAUUUUAAACAGUCUAUAAAA